AGUUGUUGUUGUGGUAUGUAAUAAUGGCGGCAGCAGGAGGCGGAUUACCAGCCUCGGCUGCUUUAGCGGGCAUAAACACCUCAGCCACCGUUCGCUGCCGUUUCCCGGGUCGGCCAUGCAUGUCUCGUAGCUUGCUGAGGACGGAGAAACGCUCGCAUGUCGGCCGGCUGUGGGCCGAAGACAGAGAAGAGCAGAGGCCCGUCGACUUUGGAGCUACGCUGAGAGAGGAUCCGUCACUGUCGCGCUUGCUCAGGCUGGCGGAGAAGCACAGGCGCCAGAGUGAAGCGGGAUUCUGCACUAGUGGGAGCGAUGAGGAGACAGACUUCACAGGCUUUAAAGUGGACAGGCGGUCCAUGCGUUCGGGACAAGGUUCAUCAAGUGGUCCGCUUAAGCUGGCUGGAAAAUCAUCUCUACUCGAACAACCUGACAUGAAAGGGAGAAUGUUUCCCAAAAAUGACCAAAAAUCUGCAAGGCCUAAAAUGGUUGUUAAAAUGGCGGCCAAAAUUAUGACCAAGAAAGGCAUGGAGCAAGUAAAAUGCCCUUCUGUUGGAAGAGAUGGACGUUUGAAGCAGGGUAUCUCAAGUAAGACAAAUAGUAGGUUACUCAGGGGCCAGAGGGAGGCAGGUAAUGAAAAUGGAGUGGACAAUGCAUUUGAGCAGUUGGAAGAUAAGGAGAAAACUGGAAGAUCGAAGAGAUGUGAUUCCAGUGCACCGGAAAGCCGGACGAGGCACAGGAAAAUAGUGUGGGCUUUAACACUGAUUAAAAGUAAAGAGCAAGCUUCCAAACAUAGAGGGACCCAACACCUAAGAUCUCCAACAGAAAAUGCCAAGGUGCUCGAAACCAACCAAUACCACAGGAAGAGGACAACAAAUAUAGCUGGUAGUGAACGAGCUGGUGCUAUAUCCCCAAAACCAGUAGGUAAACAGAGGAGAGUCCACAGGAGUGCCUCUCCAGAAGCAGGGACAGAAGCAGGCCAGGAGUCUGUUUUAUCUCCUGUCAGAGAGGCAGGAACAUCACUUAGUGACAGUUUAUGUACUUCCAGAAAGAAGCCUUUUGUAAAGCGCCGAAAGUGUUUUUACGGCCGCAGAAUGAUUCCAAAACAAGAAAAGCGCCAGUCACAUGACAGUAAAGAACAAGUUUCUUGCUUGCCUAGAAAGAGGCCGCGACUUGGCUACGCAAAUGCGUGCACUACAGUGCACCAUGCACAGGAACAACCACUCGCUGUUGUUGGGGAGAUGAAAAAGUCUGGCUCUGGAGGCCAAGCAAAACAAUUUAAUCACUCUGCUAGGGCAACUGUUAGCGCUCGUUCUUCCCGAGUCAUCAAGGUACCAAAGAGGUUCAUGGAUGACGAGCGUAUGUCUGCACUUCCGGAAAAAGGUUCCCCAAAGAAAGCAGCUUCAACUGAGAUUCCAGUGGAUCCCGGCAGAAUGAAUAUUGAUCUUAUCCAAACCCAACAAUCUGGAAACAGGCUUAAGACCUUACAAGAGCCACUAAUGCUAAAUUAUGCAGAGAAAAGUAUUUUAGAAAUGGGUAAAUCUCAUAGAGGCAAACCUAUUUUGAGUUCUUCUGGGCUUACUGGUAGUCCUCGUGGAAGGGGUGGGAGAUACAGCCAAGCUAUGGACCAGAGUAAGAUAUAUUGUAAGUUAAAGAGGCUCACAGCAAGCCUGACCAAAAGAAGAAUGCAGCGGGUUGCCAGUGCUAGUUCCGGGGUAAUGGUUGAAGAUUCUGGUGCGUCUCCAUAUACGCAAGUGACUGUUGAUUCAAUGAGGAGAAGAAAGUCUGAUCUCAAUAUGCAAAACCUGUACUCCCCAGGGGUAGUGCCAAAACUAACCAUACAUCUUGGUGAACAUUCUAAUCAGUCAACUUUUGCGCCUUUGGUGGUGGACUAUGAUCCAGCUAAAGAGAAUGUAGAGACUAGCAACCUUCAGGGCACCAGUAAUCAGAGGGCAGAAGAUGCCCAGGCGAUGGCAGAGCAGAGUGGUGCCACCUACAGAAUUAAUAAUUCGGGUGCGAAAAAGAGGAUGUUCCACCUGCUGAAGAGAGCUAAAGUCCAACUGAUUAAAAUCGACCAGCAGAAACAGCUAAAGUCAACUCAGCUUAUGUCUGGCUCUGUCAGAGCAAGAGACAGAUCAGUUGCCAUCAUUAAGAGCGGCCAGAGGAGAGGGAAGGGAAUAGUCAGGUCUAACACGGAGGGGGCUCCACAGGAGCAUUUGAUUGGUGGUCCUCGAAUAAAGCAUGUAUGCCGAGCAGCAUCGGUGGCUCUGGGACAGCCACGUGCCAUGAUUCCUGAUGACAUCCCCAGACUGAGUGCUCUUCCACUGCAUGAGAGGGAUGGGAUCACCGCUUCACCUGCUGAAGAGGAUGUUCCAUCUCACUCUGAACCUGAAAGUGAAGGAUCUGUCGAUCAGAAGCCAACAUUUAGGCGUAGGUAUGAAAGUACUGUUUUUGGCAAUCGGCUAAAGCGCUGCAUGCGCUGCAAAGGCUGCAAUCGGCUGGUGGACUGUGGCAGGUGUGUGUUCUGUCUGGAUAAGCCCAAAUUUGGAGGACCUAACAAGAAACGGCAGAGCUGUAUCUUAAAGAAGUGCUCAGUGAUCGAGCAGAACAAAUCGAGACGAUUUAACAAAGUCCAGAUGAAGCGACAACGGUCAUCAGCAGCCUCCGGCAUGUACAGCAGCGAGGAAGAAAAUGAGGAAGGUGUAGCUGAAGGCACAUUUAGCCCCAACAGGAGACAGCCCAGACGACAGGUCACGCCACAGUGCUACAGAAAACUGCUAGAAUAUGGCAACUCUGACACCGAUACACAAAGCGUUAGCUCUGAAAAGACAAAGUCCAGCUUGAUGCUAAAGACUCAGUCCAGUGAGGAGGCUGCAAAACAGCGAAAGCAAGGGCUUUACAGAGCUUUUUGGGCCCAAAGCAGAAUUGAUAAGAGUUCAGGGGAACACACACAGGCCAGUGUUCUGACUCCGCUGGCUAUUGGCUUUACUCAGAAGGGCAAGCUGCCACAGGGUACUUCAAACAAGAUUCGCGUGGACUUCAAGGAGGACUGUCAUAUCCAGAAUGUGUGGUUGAUGGGUGGAUUAAGUAUUCUCACUUCAGUUCCCAUCAUGCCCCAGUCUGUGUGUCUGCUUUGUGCCAGUAAAGGCCAGCAUGAUAUGAUCUACUGCCAGAUGUGCUGUGAGCCUUUCCACCAGUUUUGCCUGGCUCCAGACGACCGCCCGAAAGAGGAGAACAAGGAGAACUGGUGCUGCAGACGCUGCAAGUUCUGCCAUGUUUGUGGCCGCAAGAGCAAGCAAGGAAAGCCAGUUUUGCAGUGCAAGAAAUGCAUGUACUGCUACCAUCCGGCCUGUUUAGGACCCACAUAUCCCAAACCUGUCAAACUGAAUACAUCAUGGACAUGUAUGCUGUGCAUUCGGUGUAAGAGUUGUGGUGUGACUCCAGGGAAGUCCUUGGACAUGUCCUGGAACAAUGAGCUCAUUCUCUGCCCUGACUGCAACAAACUCCACAGCAAAGGUAACUUCUGCACUGUGUGUCUGAAGUGCUAUGAGGAGAAUGAGUUUGAUAGCAGCAUGAUGCAGUGUGCCCGGUGUGCCCACUGGGUCCAUCCCAAAUGUGAGGGGCUCACAGAUGAUCUGUAUGAGAUCCUGUGUCCUCUGCGGGGGAAGAGUCUGGUGUUCUCUUGUGCCACAUGUAGUAAGAGAUAUCGCAGCGGCUGGCAGGACGUGGUGCAGGAAGUUUUGAAAAACGGGUUGGUGAAGAUCAUGAAUGGAUUGAAAAGCUCCCCGACCUCCUACCACCUCUUCAUUUGUGCACAGUGUGAGUCCUGUUCAGACAUGGAGAUUAUAAAGGAACAGUCAGGUUGUUGUCUACAUCCUGUAGAGCAGAAGCUGCAGAAGAACCUCUAUACCACACUGAAAGCAUUUCACAAUGAUGUUGCGACAGUGAUGGUGGAAAGACUGAAAAAAGAAGAGUCUCUUACUAUAGAGGAGCAGAGGCCCACCUGCCAUGCUAAGCAGUAUUAUAUAAAGCUAGUAGAACAAGUGUUCAGCUGGUUCAAGAGUCAGGACCCCAAGACAUGGAACUCUCAUAUCCAAGUUUUUCCAAGUGGUAUGCUCCCUGAAGCAGUAAUUCCCCCGAGCGAUGAACACAGUUAUGCGCAAUGGCUCAAAGAGCAGGACCGCACCAUUAUCAGGCCAGAGGGAGUCCCAAAAAAUGAUCUACAGAAUGUGAACUCCUUUGUGGAUGAAAGACCGUGCAGCUUCUGCCCGCAACAUGGAGAUGCCAAACCGAAUGAUGCUGGUAGGCUGCUGUAUAUUGGGCAGAAUGAAUGGGCACAUGUUAACUGCUGUGUGUGGUCGGCGGAAGUGCAGGAGGUCAGAGGAGCAUUAUUGCAUGUCCACAGUGCUGUCGCAAGAGGUCGUUGCAUGCGUUGUGAGCAUUGUGGCCAGACGGGAGCAACAGUGGGCUGUUGUCUUUCCUCCUGUCAAAGUAAUUACCACUUCAUGUGUGCUCGUGCCAGCAACUGUGUCUUCCAGAGCGAUAAGAAAGUGUACUGUUACAAGCACCGUGACCUCAUCAACAACAAGAUUGAGCAGGGAAAUGGGUUUGAAGUUCUCCGAAGGGUGUACGUAGACUUUGAUGGAAUCAGUCUUCGGAGGAAGUUCUUAACAGGCUUGGAGCCAGAGUCUGUAAAUGUCAUGAUUGGAUCUCUACAUGUUAAAAAACUUGGUGUUCUGACAGAGCUGUCAGAAAAUUCUGGAAAAUUGUAUCCAGUUGGUUACCAAUGUUCUAGAUGGUAUUGGAGCACUGUUGACCCUCGAAGACGAUGCCAGUAUACUUGUAAAGUGACAGAGGUUCGACCAUCUACACAAUGCAAAACUUCUAACUACUCCUUGUUGGAUCAGGGAGAAAAUCAAACUAUUGUGCACAGCCCUAAAUCCCACAAUGAUGAGGAUGUUACAUACAGUGAGCCGUUUUCACCUGGGCCACCCCCCAGCACCCCCUCCAAGACCAAACAAGAUUUAGGGGCUGGAGGUAAGACUCUUGGGUAUCCGCACAGCAGGAGACCAGCAGGAGGAAUGUUCAGACCAUUACCCUCCCCAGGUAAUAUUGUUUCCACAUCCCAUCAUAUUUUGACCAUCAGUGACCUAGAUGAAACCCGACGGGUAACAAGGCGACUUUCCACACGUAGCCGAAAUGCCUCGCCUCCCCCUGCGAUGCUUCCGGGCCCAAUGAAUCAACGAUCAGUGGGCACAGGUCACCCUAGGUCACUUUCAUUUAGCCCCCCCAUCUCACCACUCGGCUUAACUGAGAACCACAUGAGCUCCACCUCACCUCGACGAAGAGGGAGACCUUCCUCUUUGUCUCCCUCUAGCGUCACCUCAGGGCCCUCUCCGCCACAAGUGACUCUCCGAAGUCCCUCGUCAGCCUUACCUUUGUCUCACUGUCUCUCCCCAAGGCUUCAGCUGCCUUUAAAAACCACACCAGGAUCACAAGACCAUACCCCUUCACAGCCAGUAGAGGUUGCAGGUGUGCCAAGCCACAGAAUUUCCUUGACGGCCACCAUAUCUGACAAGUCAGAUCAAGAACUUCUUCCUGCAUACUUUGAUCAAGACACAGAUGUGGCAGUGGCCUCGAUAUUAAAUGCAAAGCUAGAAUUCAAUGAGGCUUUACUCAAUGAAAAUGUUGCUCUGCACUGUGACCCACAAGGAGUUGAGGGAGACACUGAUGAAAUCAGGGAUGGAGAAUGUGAGUUGGAGAACAGUUUGCCAUGUGUUCUGCAAGUCAGUGCUGGCCAGAAGGUCUUGCCUUGUCCUACAACUUCAGAGAUGCACAUGGAAGCAGACUCCGCUGAUCAGGUUGCUGGCCAUUACAUAAACUUCUCUCGCACAGUAGUGGUUUGUGAGGUUGCCAAAGACUCACAGGUAGGUCUCACUGUCUGUCCUAACUCAGGGUCUAUUUCACAGCUGGAUGGAGCUGGCAGUGACUCAGAAAGUGAUACAAGUGAUGCCAACACAGAGGAUGAUACUCAGGAAGUAGGGAAUCAUUUCCGUAGUCAGGAUACUGAGCCAUCAAAAUGCACUGGUUCAAACAAGGACAUAACCCUUGGCAAUGGGCAGCUAGUCUGCACACUAUCAUCAAUAUCUGCAAAUCCUUGUACAAUAGAUUCUGUUGAUCAGAAUGCUGAGCUGGAGAAUUCAGAGAGACAAACCAUGGACCAAGUUUGCGAAGAACAGGACAUUCAGGAAAUAACUUAUUUACAUGAGAUUGGGAACUUGCUUGUUGACUCCAGUACUGAUGUGUGCAACCAACAAGAAGCAGCCUUCACAGAGGGGCUAAAAGAGCAUGAAAUGACUGCAACAACCUCCAAUGUUUACAAAGGCAGUGAUCUUUUUACAAGUGAGGAGGAAGUCUUGAUGGACAAUGAAUCAACAGAGAGCUCAAAAGAGGUAUUCUUGGAUGACACCAGUGGUAAUUUUAUAUCUGCUGUUGAUGGCAUGGCUUUGGAGAGGACAGAAAAUUCUGCUAGUCCUGAGGAAUCAUGUAAUUCAUUGUCAGUAAAUUCAUUAAACAGAAAUGGAUCUGAUCUAAUGGACAUUACACCAAUUAAGAAACCAGUAGCAGUUGCACCUUCAAGUAGUACUACAAAAAUUAAUAUCAUCACGCCAGCUAGACACAAACAAAGACGUUUAAUUAACAUACAACCUGUAUCGCAACCCCAAGCCCUCCAGAUGGACGUGUCUGUUGGCUCCUCUUUGCCACUUUCCAUGCCUGUCAACGUUGUUUCUUCUUCUCCCGUCAUGUGCGUUACUCCACAAGGAACACCACUUGUUUCCGGCCCGGUUGUAAUGAACGGUUUUGGAACUCUGCCUAAGGGAACCACAAAGGGUCGGACUAUUGCCAUACGCAUUGCCACACCAAAACAAGUAAAGGAACAUUCUCUGCCACAAAGUCUUCCCUGUAUGUCCCCUUCACCUCAGGUUCUUCUUGUCAACCGCGCUGGCCAGAUUCUAGUGAAAAACCCCCAGACUAACACAUACCAGAUAGCUAGCGCCAAUUCCCCCUCGUAUACCCAGAUCAGCCAUAUUGCGAAGAUGAUCCACAGUGGGAAUAUUCUCCAGCGACCAGUCCCUAAGGUUACAGUAAUGCCUGUGCCACAGGCUCAGGCUAGUCUUGGCAAAAGCCCCCCGACACAUAUCAUAUCGUACAGCAACAGAGAAGCAACACCAUCAACCCAAGUGCUGAUCCGGAGGAUACCUAAGAAUGAUACAGGAAGCCAUCAGCAUGGUAUCAGUCAGCACAUGGAAAAAAUGGUUGUGGUUAAGACCAAGAACACUUCAAUAUUUGAGGGCGGGCAGAAGCAAUUGGCCCAGGCGAUAAUAGACAAGGCAAUGGCAAGCCACCGUGACACAAGUCCCAGUCUUCUGACCCCUUCUAAAAUUAAAGAAUUUCCCCACUUCAAUAAACACCUCUCUACUGACUCAAGUAAAUCAUCUCCUGCGAUUCAUGUGCGGACUCAGCCCAACAUCCUGUCCCACUCUAGGCCUCAGGUCAAGAUCAAGAGGGUGUCUUCAGCAAAUAAUCAAAUUGGUGUGAAAAAAUGCAAGACUGACUUCUUGGACCAGACAGAACCUAGUACCCAGGAUGACCUCCUCAGAUCAAACAGGGUUAGAAUAAAGGCCCCAAGUGUUAAGGAUACCCUUGAUUUUGAUGACCCGGUUGUUGAUGACCCGGAUGUCGGAUCUCUUGAACAGCCGAAUAAUGAAUCCAAAGUGGUUGAACAAAAGAGAGUUACUCAAAAUAAAUUGGAACCCACUGCAACACAGGGAAGGGAUAUAUGUGACAGUGGCAAAUUGAGCUCCAAACAUGGAGAAAACUCUGAUUGGGCCCCCUAUGCAGGGUGGAGUUCAGAUGAGGACUUUCCAUCACCUAGCAAGGAGGAAAAGUGUUACAGUCAGUAUCAACAUCACCUGCGCUUCCAAAUUACCAGUGAGGAUGGAUUCAGUAUAGAAGCAGAGAGUAUGGAUGUGGCGUGGAAGGCAGUGAUGGAUGGUGUCCAGGAGGCGCGUAUAGGCUGUCGUUUGGAGCAUUUGCCCUUCAGCAGGGUAAAUGGUGCCAGGGUGCUGGGUGUUCUCCAUGAUGCUGUGCUCUUUCUGCUGGAGCAGCUGCAGGGUGCUUCACUCUGCCAGAAACACAGCUUUCGUUUUCACCAGCAUGAGCAACAGGAAGAGGAGCUGCCAAUCAACCCCAGUGGCUGUGCUCGCGCUGAGGUCUAUGAUCGAAAAUCUACCUUUGAUAUGUUCAAUUUCCUGGCAUCGCAGCAUCGUCAGCUUCCUGAGUCUAGGCCAUGUGAUGAUGAAGAGGAUGACAUUAUGCUCAAAUCCAGCAGACGGGCAACAAGUACAGAGUUACCAAUGGCUAUGAGGUUCAGACACUUGGAGAAAACAUCUAAAGAGGCUGUAGGAGUUUACAGAUCUGACAUUCAUGGUCGGGGUCUUUUCUGCAAGAGGAACAUUGAGGCUGGAGAGAUGGUGAUUGAGUAUGCUGGUAAUGUCAUCCGAUCGGUUCUCACAGACAAGAGAGAGAAAUACUAUGACAGCAAGGGCAUUGGCUGUUACAUGUUUCGUAUUGACGAUUUCGAUGUGGUGGAUGCUACCGUGCACGGAAACGCAGCACGAUUCAUCAACCACUCAUGCGACCCUAACUGCUACUCAAGGGUCAUCAAUGUAGAGGGCCAGAAGCACAUAGUUAUUUUCGCCCUGUGGAAGAUUUACAGAGGAGAAGAGCUCACCUACGACUACAAGUUUCCCAUUGAAGAUGCCAGCAACAAAUUGAACUGUAACUGUGGUGCCCGGCGCUGCCGACGCUUCUUAAACUAGAGUUACCUUCUGUUUCCACCAUCUAGGGGAAAAUUUUGGGAUGUGUGACUGCCAGCUGUCCUUAACUCUCUUUUGGAAUUGUCUUUGAAGGAAGGAACCCAUAUUACAGGUGCUGAAGGGUUCAAAGAUGAAUGCAUUGUAAAGGAACAUCAGCGAAAACAAAUGAAUCGGAUCACAAUCUGCAGAUUGUUGGCUAGGCGUGUAGCAUUUAUAGACCACCAGCUUGUUUGAUUACUUACCUUUUAUGAGCUAUGUUACCAAGAGUGUAGAUUUGGUUUGAACAUGGGGGGGUUCUAUUGUGAAGCUGGGGGAGGGGGUUGUACUGGCUAGUCU